AUGUCAACCAAUUCUAUUAAAUUAUUAGCUAGUGAUGUUCAUAGGGGAUUAGCCGAAUUAUGUGCUAAAAGAUUGGGUAUUAGAAUUACUCCAAGUGAAUUAAAAAGAGAAUCAACUGGUGAAAUUCAAUAUAGUAUUGGCGAAUCAGUUAGAGAUGAAGAUAUUUUUAUAUUAUGUCAAAUUGGUUCAGGUGAAGUUAAUGAUAGAGUAAUAGAAUUAAUGAUAAUGAUUAAUGCUUGUAAAACUGCUAGUGCAAGAAGAAUAACCGUAAUAUUACCAAAUUUUCCUUAUGCAAGACAAGAUAGAAAAGAUAAAAGUAGAGCACCAAUUACUGCAAAAUUAAUGGCUGAUAUGUUAACAACAGCUGGUUGUGAUCAUGUUAUUACUAUGGAUUUACAUGCUAGUCAAAUACAAGGAUUUUUUGAUAUACCUGUUGAUAAUUUAUAUGCUGAACCAAGUGUUGUUAGAUAUAUAAAGGAAAAAAUUGAUUAUAAACAAUCUAUUAUAAUUUCUCCUGAUGCUGGUGGAGCUAAAAGAGCAGCAGGUUUAGCAGAUCGCUUAGAUUUAAAUUUUGCAUUAAUUCAUAAAGAAAGAGCUAGAGCUAAUGAAGUUUCAAGAAUGGUUUUAGUUGGUGAUGUUUCUGAUAAAAUAUGUGUUAUAGUUGAUGAUAUGGCUGAUACAUGUGGUACAUUAGCAAAAGCAGCAGAAGUUUUAUUGGAAAAUAAUGCAAAAGAAGUUAUUGCAAUUGUAACUCAUGGUAUAUUAUCAGGUAAUGCUAUAAAAAAUAUAAAUCAAUCAAAAUUGAAAAAAGUUGUUUGCACAAAUACUGUUCCAUUUGAAGAUAAAAUUAAAUUAUGUGAUAAAUUAGAUACAAUUGACGUUUCAGCUGUAUUAGCAGAAUCUAUAAGAAGAUUACACAAUGGUGAAAGUAUAUCAUAUUUAUUUAAAAAUGCUCCAUUAUAG